CAUACACUGGCAUUGUAUUUUAGGUUUAGGGCUUUUGAGUUCUUCGUGUCAUGGCGGAUUUCCUCACCUCGACGCAUCGCGAUCGGUGGAUCUUCACAGUGCAGGACCUGGUGGAGAAAGCGUCCGCGGCCAAUGCAAGAGCUGUCCAAGCGCUUCAGCAACACGGCGCUACUCGCGUUGAAAUCCAACCGGAUGGAUCAUUGGCGUAUCCUGGAUCAGAGAAUGGCGCUCCAAGUAAACUUCCCGAGCCUUUGAAGAUUGAGGAAGAGCUGUUCAUUCGAAGGUACUACGAGCACAAAAUACAGCAAGUUUGCGGAGCUUUCUCCUUUCCAAAUAAAAUCCAGGCCACUGCUGUGCUCUAUUUCAAGCGCUUUUACCUCUCUUGGUCUGUGAUGGAGCACGAUCCAAAGCAUAUAAUGCUCACAUGCAUUUACAUAUCGUGUAAAGUUGAAGAGUUUCACGUCUCAGCCGAGGAGCUUGGUAAGGGAAUCCAACAAGAUCACCAAGUCAUCCUAAAAAACGAAUUAACGCUGUUACAGGGUCUCAAUUUCGACUUGAUUGUAUAUGCUCCCUAUCGAUCCUUGGACGGCUUUGUUUUGGACAUUCAGAAAUGGGCGGACGCUGCGAAGGAUGAGAAUGUCUCUCAGAAAAUACUGGACCUCCAAAGUGAAGCGAUUCGAAAGGUGGACGCAAUGCUUCUGACGGACUGCCCGCUCCUCUUUCCUCCUGGACAGCUAGCCUUGGCAGCUCUGCGAAGCGCAAAUGUUCAGGAAAGAGCAAUAGACAUGGAAAAGUACCUGCGAGGGGUAUGCGAACGGCAACAGCAGAAACACUCGUACUCGGAGCUCGUCGGAAUGCUUAACCAGAUAGCUGCACUGGUUGAUGCUGCAAGAACACCUAUCGAAGAGGAAGUAAGACGCAUCGACAGGAAGCUAAAGUUUUGUAGAAAUCCAGGACUACAAGACGAGAGUAAGAAACGAGACCGCAAGGGUAAGCACAAAUCCAAGCGGACUCCUCAGCAAGAGACAAUCUCACCAAUGGUGAUGGGUGAUACUGCCAGGGCUUGAGCUCAAUCGACUUAGACAAUUUUCUAGCGUCAGGAGUAGCACCGAUGAAUCUCAAUCAAUACAUGUACAAUCCAAACACCGCGGCGAUCCCAAACAUGUUAUCGUUUUGGAAGGUAUCCCUCGUGUAGUCAUCCGUAUCUUUGUCCCAGAAACAUCUGGCCGCCAUUUGCAGUCCCUGGCCUCGCGUCUCGCCAAUGACUGCUUGUACCACGAUCUUAUAUCUCUCGAAGUGAAGCUCUGGAAGAACACCACAUUCUGGUGGAUCAAAGGCGCAAGUAUGAUCUUGGAACUUACCUUUGCAGCGAUUCUUGACUUCGUCGGCAAUCUCGCGAACCAAGUAUGGAGCUUGCUCUCCAUCGUACUGGACUCCUGUGAGCUUCUCCCGCAACACUUCGUUGAUCACCUCUUUCACUUUGCCAGGAAGAAAGGAUUUCUUUGGUAUGUAAGGCAGCUUGCUUUGCACUACCACCUAAAAGAAAAAGAAAUGUGGAGUUUGUGGAGGGCAAGGAAUUUGAGCUUC